GGUAGCUAACAUUAGCCGCCGAAGCUCUGCUGCUGGAAGAUGUCGGUGAAGAGGGGGAUUGGCGAUUCAGCGUUUUUAAAGAAGAAGAUUCCUCAGAACCCAAAAUAUCAGCAUGUAAAAACAAGGCUUGAUACAGGCUCCAGCCUGACAAAAUACAUGGAGAGACUAGAGGAGGCAAGAAAAAACUACAGAUAUAGGAAGGACGAGUUGUUUAAGAGACUGAAAGUGACCACAUUUGCACAGCUGGUAAUCCAAGUUGCUUCGGUAUCAGAUCAGAAUGACAACAUUAAAGAUGAAAUGGCGGGAUUAGAAGAUGAUGUUUCGAUAUUCUCUGCAUCACCGGGCCUCGACUGUCUCUCCGAUCAGACUAAUGGCUCCCCACAACCAAACCUUCCUCCUCCACAGACCAUCAACAUUGACGAAUCCGGCGACAAUGGCUUUUCUCCCAGAUCUACACUUCAAAGUGUCAUCAGUGGCGUGGGAGAAUUAGAUCUGGACAAGAACGGACAGAAGACCAUCCGGCUGUCUCCGGUUUCUACCUCCAACACCACAGAGUGUCCCUAUCCCGACUGCCCAUAUCUGUUGCUGGAUGUGCGGGACAGAGAGCUGUAUGACCAGUGCCAUAUUGUCAGUGCGUAUAGCUACCCUAUUGCAACCUUAUCAAGGACGAUGAACCCGUACACAAAAGAAGUGCUUGACUACAAAAAUGCAUCUGGAAAGAUCAUCAUCGUGUAUGACGAGGAUGAGAGGAUAGCAAGUCAAGCAGCCACUACCAUGUGUGAAAGAGGCUUCGAGAAUCUUUUCAUGCUGUCGGGGGGGUUAAAAGUGGUUGCUCAGAAGUUUCCAGAAGGAAUGACGACCGGCUCAGUUCCCAUCUCCUGUUUGCCAUCACCAACAGGCCCUGCAGGACGCAAGCGAUCAGCACAGCACCAGACAUCACAGUUGGCAGAGAAAAAGUGGCGGUUCACAGCAGAAGAUCUUGACAAAAUCCAGCAUUACCUUGAGGAGGUGUUCAUACCCAGUGAAACCAGCAGUCGCCUCAGCAGCAGAAUGUCCACUAGCAGCGCUCGCUCCAAAGCGUCUACAGUCGGUAGCAGUCGACAAGGUUCAUCCAUAGCAGGAUCAGAAAGUGCUCGUUCAAGAAGUAGUCGACCCUGGAAAUAACCCUCGCUUUCACCUGGUCACAGCUUCACUUCAAUGCAUAAAUAAAUCCAUGCUGUUUUACUUUA